UUUCCCAGCUCGCCAAGCUGUUCUCUAACAAAUUUGCAAGCCAAAGGGAGAUCAAGCGCACAGCUACUGAGCUGAUGCAAGUUAGCCAGAAGGAAGGGGAAUCUUUGAGGGAUUACAUGCAGCGGUUUAACAAAGCCACAUUGGACAUUGAUAAUGUCCCAGACACGAUCUGCCUGUCCGCCCUGUUACAUGGGUUGAAGCGUGGCCGGUUCUUAGAUGACUUGCUUGAAAACCCACCGAAGACGUGGAACGAGGUGAAUGACAGGUCGGCCAGCUUUAUACUGUCAGAGGAGUUUCAGUCGUCCAAACGACGAGCUGAUGAUAAGCCAAGCAGAGGCCAAGAACAACAACCGAAAAGAGAAGAAAAGAAGAAGCAGAAGGUCGGUGAGCAAUGGGGGAAACCAGCUGAGUUCCCGAAAUAUGCCAGUUACAUUCCUUUGACCUUACCCAGGUCUCAAAUCCUGGCACAAAUUCAGCACUGGGUUCGGAGACCUCCACCCCCACUACAUGAUUCCCCGAGGGCAGAUAAGAGCAAGCAUUGCGACUACCACCGUGUAUAUGGUCACAAUACAGAGGACUGCCAACACUUGAAGGACGAGUUAGAGUUUUUAGCUCGUAACGGGAAGCUAGAAGGGUAUGUUCAGAAGCCUCACACCCAGCAACCCACUCAAACCCAUUUUGUACAGGCGUAUAACCGACCUCAAGGACAGAGGUACCAGCAUGGAGGGACGCAGGAUGCAUAUCAGGAUAACCAGUAUCCUUCUGAACAGGGCAGAGCAUACCGAGGACGUCCUUUCAACAGGAGAGGGCAGGGACCGAGAACUACCGCCCCGAAUCAAAAAGACAGGAAAGGGGUAGGUUACGCUGGGAUACCCCCACCUUCUGGUACAAUAAACAUGAUAUCGGGUGGUGUUCACUCAGGGGGCCAAAGCGCCCGAGCUCGCAAGGCAUAUGCCCGACAAGUGAUGACCGUCAACAAAAAUAGACCCUUGAAACGGCCGUUUGAGGAAGUAGAAUGGGAAAAUACGCCCAUCACAUUCAGCCCGACAGAUUAUAAGCGAGCAGAAAGAGAGCCCGACAUUAUGAUGCCCCAUGCAGAUCCCUUUGUGGCAACUGUUCAUAUAGGCAAUCAUAAUGUCAAUAAGGUGUUUAUUGACACUGGCAGUUCACCGGAUAUCCUAUACUGGGGUUGCUUCCACAAGAUGCAGCUAAAUCCGAGCUUGCUGCAGAAGCACGAAGGGCCAAUAUACGGGUUUGAUAACCAGCCCGUCCCACUGGAAGGAGUUAUUACCCUUCCUAUAUAUGUGGGCUCAGAACCGCGCUUCAGGAUGGCGUCGGUCACCUUCCUGGUCGUUAAGAUGGAAUCAGCUUUCAAUGCUAUAUUGGGAAGAGCCACCCUGUGCGAGCUGAAGGCUGACGUAUUUGCGUGGACUAUGGAUGAAAUGCCUGGUGUCCCGGCAGAAUUGACAGUACACAAGCUCAACACGGACCCUACCAGGAGGCCGGUGGUACAGAAGCGUCGCCUUUUUAGCCCUGAGAAGCAAGCUGCCAUUGACGAAGAGAUACAAAAGCUGUUACAGGCAGGCUUCAUUAGAAGAAUGGAAUGCUCUGAAUGGGUCUCCAACCCUGUGCUCGUCAAAAAGCCAAACGGCAAAUGGAGGAUGUGCAUUGAUUUCACCAAUCUCAAUGACACGUGCCCAAAAGACCCUCACCCGUUGCCAAACGUAGAGAAGUUAGUAAAACAGGCAGCAGGACAUGAAAGGAUGAGUUUUCUUGAUGCAAGCUCGGAGUCGGGAAAAUUCCUAGGAUACGUGGUAUCCAAGAAAGGAAUUGAGGUAAAUCCAGAGAAGGUUGAGGCCGUUCAGCAGAUGGAACCACCAAGGACUGUCAAAGACGCAUUUGACGAGCUCAAACGAUAUUUGGCAUCCGCACCCCUGCUGUCCAAGCCUGUCGAUGGAGAAUGUUUAUACCUUUAUCUGGGGGUCACACAAGAAGCAAACUACCCGCUAGCAGAAAAGACUGCUUUUGCGUUGGUUUGCACAGCUCGUAAGCUGAGAGCCUAUUUUCAGUCUCAUCAGAUUGUUGUUUAUACUGAUUUCCCGCUAAGGAAAAUACUGCAGAAGCCAGAGCUCUCUGGUCGGCUUAUCGGGUGGAGUGUUGAACUGAGUGAGUAUGACCUUAAGUUUCAGCCGCGCACGACUAUAAAAGGCCAAGCUGUGGCAGACUUCCUAGUUGAAUGUGCCCCAGCGGCUGUGAAAGAAAAGGCACCUGAACACCAAUUCUGGGUUUUGUAUGUGGAUGGAGCUGCUAAUGACGAAGGAUUUGGUGCUGGAGCUGUGUUACUGGGCCCUGAUGGUUUCAAGUCCGAGCACGCGCUGAGUGAUUCUCAGCUCGUGGUGGGCCAAGUGAAUGGCAACUGUGAAGUUAGGGAUCCCCAGCUUGGCCGUUAUACCUCUGUGGUCAACAGAUUGAAGUCAAGAUUUGCUUCAUUUCAGAUCGGCAAAAUACCACGGGCAGAUAACCACCGAGCCGACGAGCUGUCAAAGUUGGCCUCCUCACAGGACAUUAACCCUCAGAGAUCAACAAUUCUCGAGGUACUUGAUGCACCAAGCUACACCGAUUCCACAGUUGAGUGUCAGUUGCUAAGCACAGACCCCUCUACGUCGAGCUGGACCACCCCGCUCAUAAAUUAUCUACAAAGUGGCGAGCUACCUGAAGACCAGUCCGCUGCAAAAUUGAUUAAACGCAGGGCGGCACAUUUCACUUUGUUAGAUAACCAGCUCUACAAGCGAGCAGCCUCAAUGCCCCUACUACGCUGCCUCACUCCUUAUGAAGCUGAAUACGCUGUGAGAGAAGUUCAAGAAGGAGUAUGUGGCACGCUCAUCGGCGGUAAAACUUUAGCUCGGAAACUCCUGAGACAUGGUUAUUACUGACCCACCAUGGUUGAGGACGCGCAGAACUAUGUCAAAAAAUGUCCGACCUGCCAAUUCAGUGCUGAUGAUAUACAUAUGCCAGGUAUUUGAGCUUGUUCUAAAGUUCAUGCAAACUUCCUGUUUGCCUAUAAACUGAGCAUAAGUAU